AUGUGGCGGGAUCGCACCAACCUCUACAUAUCCUACCGACAGUCCUUUGCACACCACCCCUCCAAGAAGCCCCGAUUUCUCGGCCCGUCCAAUGGCUUCGAGACCUCCGCGCAGCCGGAGGAAAGCCGGCGCCUGAUCUCCGAGACAGGCGGCUUCGACGAUGAUGGUGAUAUGGUGAUUGAGAUGGACUUGCUCCCACCGCGCUGGGUCGAUAUUCAAGAAGAAGUCUCCGAGCACCUAGCCGAUAUUGCGCAAAAGUCUUCACAACUGGAUAAGCUGCACCAGAAGCAUCUGCUUCCCGGGUUCGGCGAUGAAGAUCUCCGGAGACAGGACGAGGGCAUAAUUGAGCGUCUGACGCAGGAGAUUACUCGCAGCUUCCAUGACUGCCAGAAGGCUAUCAAGCGGAUCGAGACAAUGGUGCGCGACUCGAAGGAACAGGGUGGAGUGAGUAACGGCGAAGAGACGAUGGCGAAGAAUAUCCAAAUCUCCUUAGCGGCGAGAGUCCAGGAGUCAAGUGCUCGGUUCCGAAAGAAACAAAGCACUUACUUGAGGAAAUUACGAGACCUCGAGGGCUUCUCGACGCCAUUUGACCGCGCCCCAACUCCAGUCCAGAACCCGUAUACAGAUCCCUCGCUGAUGGAAUCCGACGCCGACAAGUCAUUCUCGCAAACCAUGUUGCAGCAGACAUCCCAACGACACACGGGCCAGAACGACGCCGCCAUUGCGCAGCGAGAGCGCGAAAUCAAUGAUAUUGCAAAGGGAAUUAUCGAGCUAUCAGACAUAUUCCGGGAACUACAAUCGAUGAUCAUCGACCAAGGAACCAUGCUAGACCGCAUUGAUUACAACGUGGAAAGAAUGGGGACCGAGGUCAAAGCUGCGGACAAGGAACUCAAAGUGGCUACGAAUUACCAAAAACGCACCACUAAGCGCAAAGUGAUGAUCCUUUUAGCGCUGGUGGUUGUUGGACUCAUUAUUGUCUUGGUCGUGAAACCCAAACAUUCUAGUGCUCCAGCACCCCCUGCCGAAGAGUCUUCGAACAAUAUUCGAUCUCUAUUGGCUUCAGUGGAUCGGGAAAGGAGACGUAGCUUGCCCAGUCGGUUUGCGAGGGACCGGUGGAUGGACCCGGAUAUACUUCGAUGA